AUGUGUCCUCCAGUGUGGGUAAAAGGAACAAGCCUGGAAAAUUUUGAUCUGACGGACCCUGUUAUAAUGAAGCAGGAGUAUUACCAGCCAUUAUUGCGCCUCAUACAGCAGGCCAAUGUGAACAGAUCAGCCAUCUUGGCGAAUAUUGUUACAGAGCCAGGCAGCCAACGUCUCACCAACUCGGGAAAUAUCAGAGAUGGAACUGAUAUCGAAAGUUGCGCGAGUCCUAGAGCUGAUAGCAAAGACACUGAACCCAAUGACAUAUUCGGGCAAGGGGGUGAUGUCGAAGAAGGACCGGAUGAUGGCCUCUAUAGCCAAACAGAUCGAGGAGAGAAUCAAGACGAUGACCCGCUCAUUUUGGGUGCUGAAAACAUCCAAAACACUGGCCUUUCGGGAAAAAGUAGCAUCAUAUACGUCAAAGCGGGAAUCGAUUGA